AUGGACUUCUCCUCCAGGAAAGGUGGCCUUGAGAAAAGAAAAUAUUUGGCAGAGGAAAAUGAACCGUCGGGCAUCUUGAAGCCGCUGGUGUUCCGUGUAGACGAGAACACCCCCACGGUGGUGCAGAGUGUCCUCCUGGAGCGCGGCUGGGACAGGUACGAUGAGCAGAAGCAGAGUGUGGAGGGCUGGAACCUGUACUGGAGGACGUCUGCGUUCCAAAUGGCUGAGCACAUCAACCUGAAGCCGUGGCAGAGGCUGAACCACCACCCAGGAACAACCAAGCUCACCAGGAAGGACAACCUGGCCAGACGCCUGAGGCACAUGAAGCGGCUGUACAGCACCCCCCUCUAUGAGUUCACCCCGCUCACCUUUGUCAUGCCCAGCGACUACACCAAGUUUGUGGCUGAGUACUUCAGGGAAAGGCAGGCGCUGGGCACCAAGAGUGGCUACUGGAUCUGCAAGCCUGCCGAGUUAUCCCGGGGCAGGGGGAUAAUCAUUUUCAGUGACAUGAAAGACUUCAUCUUUGACGAGACGAGUGUAGUGCAGAAAUACAUCUGCAACCCUCUGCUGGUUGGCAGAUACAAAUGUGAUCUUCGCAUCUAUGUCUGUGUCACUGGCUUUAGGCCUUUGACCAUAUAUGUUUAUCGGGAAGGGAUCGCACGGUUUGCCACAGAGAAGUUUGACCUCAGUAAUUUGCAGAAUUAUUACGCCCACUUGACCAACUGCAGCAUCAACAAAGGCGGGGCCUCCUACGAGAAGAUCAAGGAGGUGGUUGGCCACGGGUGCAAGUGGACCCUCAGCAGGUUCUUCUCCUACCUUCGCAGCUGGGAUGUGGACGACCUGCUCCUGUGGCGGAAAAUCCACUGCGUGGUCACCCUCACCGUUCUUGCCAUUGCGCCCUUGGUGCCUGUUGCCGCCAAUUGCUUCGAGCUCUUCGGGUUUGAUAUUUUGAUUGAUGACAACUUGAAACCAUGGCUCCUGGAAGUCAACUACAGCCCAGCUUUGUCCUUAGACUGUUCAACAGAUGUGUCUGUGAAGAGAAGACUUAUCCAUGAUGUGAUCGAGUUGGUCUACUUAAAUGGGCGAAGAACCGAGGGAAGAGAACACAGCAGCGUGCCACAGAUGACGUCCAGUGUCUCCCGUGGGAAGAGCAACAGAGGUGGACCCAACACCUGGUGCUCUCCUCCUCACAGGUCUCUCUCACGAUUCCCAGGGACACACAGCAACAGCAAUUCUGCCAUGGAGAAUCUGCCAGAGCUGUGUCCUGAGAAGGCCCAGGCCACUCACCUGGGGGACAUGCUGAGAGGGCAGGACCCACGUCCGCCCUCAGGAAAACUGCCCAAAGCCCCAUCCAGGCUGGGGAGCAGGCAGGUGCCUGGCAGGGCCUUCACGGCCUACACCUCCUUCACCCGGGCUCCCACCUGCCAGCCGAGGACCUCCCCCUGUGUCCUCUCAGACCAGGGCAAGGUGCCAGACUCCCAAGCAGGCAAUUUUGUUCUCAUUUUUCCUUUCAAUGAAGCUACUUUUGGAGCUUCCAGGAACGGAUUAAACGUCAAAAGGAUAAUCCAAGAGAUGCAGAAACUGAUGCGUGAGCAGCACUCCCAUGUGGCAAAGAGUCAGACCAAAAGAAAGUGA